AAACUGUGGAAUAUUGUACAAGGUAUUAUCCAAAUGCUAACAUUUAAUGCAAACACAACACAUAGCAACCAACACCAACCCUGGAUUUUUCCUUGUUUAAAAACUCUUUCUUGUUCAGCUCAUCAAUCACACACACACAAAAGGAAAACGCGCACACGCAAGAACAGGCAGGUAGAGAUGGUGAACCUAGUAGCAGCACAGAAGCCAUUAUUACUUUGCUUGAUGAAAAUGGCUGGCAUUAGACCUCACACCAUAGAAAUCGAACCAGGCACCGUGAUGAACAUUUGGGUCCCCUGUGAAACGCUAAAAAAACCCAACAAAAAGUCCGAAAAAUCCACCACCGAAUACCAAAUCACUAAACCUAAGCCUACCAAACCAGUUGUAAUACUCGUCCAUGGAUUUGCAGCAGAAGGAAUUGUCACCUGGCAAUUUCAAGUUGGUUCCUUGGCAAAAAAAUACUCGGUUUACGUGCCGGACCUCUUGUUUUUCGGCGGUUCCACCACCAACAGCCCCGACCGUUCACCUACUUUCCAGGCAGAGUGUCUAUUGAAGGGGCUGAGGAAGAUGGGGAUUGAGAGGUGCACCGUUGUAGGGUUCAGCUACGGUGGCAUGGUGGCGUUUAAGAUGGCGGAGAUGUACCCGGAAUUUGUGGAGGCUGUGGUGAUUUCCGGUUCUAUCCUUGCCAUGACUGAUUCUAUAAGUAAUGAGACACUCGAAAGCCUGGGAUUUUCUUCUUCUGCACAGCUUCUGUUGCCGAACACAGUGAAGGAAUGUAAGGCACUUCUGAAAGUCGCCGCUCACAAGAAACUUUGGUUCCCUAAUCGCCUUCAUCGGGAUUUUCUUGAGGUGAUGUUUAACAACAGAAAGGAAAGAGCUGAAUUGCUUGAAGGUCUGGUGGUUACCAACAAAGAUGUUGCCAUCCCAAAAUUUCCACAGAGAAUACAUCUUCUCUGGGGUGAAAAGGAUCAGAUUUUCAAGCUGGAACUUGCUCAAAAAAUGAAAGAGCAGCUAGGAGAUAAGGCAACAUUUGAAGACAUAACGAAAGCAGGUCACCUGGUUCACGUAGAGCGCCCUUGCGUCUACAAUAGGUGUCUCAAGAAGUUCCUUGCUUCCCUGCAUGCAGAUAUUAAGCCAAAAAAAUGAAUCUUGAUUUACUCUGUAUUAUAGUUACUCCAAUCUUCAUUCUCUCUGAACUUUAAGUCUACGUUUCGGUUUAUGAUUAAGAAUAAAAGGAAGGUUAGUAAACCAGUGGGAUGAUUAGUGAAUUUCCGUAUUCAUUCACUAUGUAAAACCAGUGGGAAUUUCUAUGUAAAACGAAAGUUCAUUCACUCUGUAAACUAGGUUGGAUUUUUAAAAAAAGUAUGAUGCCCAGAACUUUUAUCUUA